AUGGAGACGUUAGAGGGAACUGAAGUUUGCUUUCCACAACUCAACAACUCCUGCAGGAAGCCAAUGCAUCCUCAUUUUGAGGCCAGACUGAUUUACAUACUGCUGUCCUCCAUCUCUUUGCUCACUGCAGCUCUUAACCUGCUGGUCAUCAUCUCGAUCUCACACUUCAAGCAGCUCCAUACCCCCACCAACGUCCUCCUCCUCUCUCUGGCUGUCUCAGAUUUCUUCGUGGGCUUCCUCAUGUUGUUUCAAAUUGUCCUCAUAGAUGGCUGCUGGUUCUUUGGGGAUCUAAUGUGUGCUGUGUAUUAUGUUUUAGACUUCAUUAUUACUUCUGUCUCUGUAGGAAGCAUGGUGCUCAUAUCCAUUGACCGCUAUGUAGCUAUCUGUGACCCUAUGCAUUACUCCACCAAAAUCACUAUGAGAGGAGUUACAAUCUAUACUUGCCUUUGUUGGGCCUGUUCUGUUCUAUACAAUGGUCUCUUAAUCAAGGAUAACUUAAAACAACCAAGCAGACAUAUUACCUGCUUGGGAGAGUGUGUGAUUGUUAUUGAUUAUGUUGCAGGACUUUUUGAUCUGUUUUUGUCCUUUAUUGGUCCUGUCACUGUCAUUGUAGUUCUGUAUAUGAGAGUAUUUGUGGUGGCUGUGUCUCAGGCUCAGGCCAUGAGGUCCCACAUUGCAGCUGUCCAGUGUUCAGUGAAAGUAACUGCUAAGAAAUCGGAGCUGAAAGCAGCCAGGACUCUCGGUGUUGUUAUUGUCAUGUUUCUACUAUGCCUGUGUCCAUAUUUUUGUGUCACACUUACAGGCCAGGACACCAUGCUCAAUGCUUCUUCCGCUGCCUUUGUCAUAUGUUUGUUCUAUUUUAACUCCUGCCUAAACCCACUGAUCUAUGCCUUUUUUUAUCCAUGGUUUAGAAAAUCUCUUAAACUCAUUGUUACACUUCAAAUACUGAAGCCUGACUCCUGUGAAAGCAACGUGCUGUAA